AUGGCUCGUCUGACCGACCUGCCGCCAGAGGUCAGACUGAAGAUCUAUGAACUCCUGCUGGUCGAUCCCACCCGCGAUGGACUGCGCAUAACUAUGACAUUUGACCCUUACCGCGACCCUAAGCCGGUCUGGAGCCGCGCUCGUUGCGCUCAAGCUGAAACACCUCACAAAGCUGGCCACUACCCUCAUCCUUGUCGUGUCGAAGUUCCGUUCUUCACACUCCAUCACCUCGACUUCACAGACCUUUGGGCUUUGGCUCGAGUCAACAGGAAGUUCUAUGCGGAAACAAGCCAGACGAUCUACAACAAUGCUGAUCUUGCCUAUGCUUAUGCCACCGCGGUGUCCUCGGAACCUGCCCUGGCCUUCCUAUGCCUCAGCCGCUAUCUCGAACAACACACUCCCAAGUCCCGCGCCAUGCUUCAUUCUCUAAUCAUCCAAGCUCGAGCCCCCUACAUCAUGAGACCUCGCGAUACCAAAUUCCUUGUCGAUCUUGUCAAUGCUCGCUUGCCGAACUUGCGCGUCUUUGGCUACCAGCUCACCCCGAUCAUCGCAUCCAAACCUAUCGACCGCAUAUGGCCGCUGUUUUCGAACCUCUGCAGUCUUCCCUAUGCGAUUCGCCCACUUGCUCAGCUCAACACCAACCUGCGAACAUUCCUCGAGCUGCCUUCUGUUGAAAACUUUGGCGGUUCACAUCCGAACGUUAAGAUGUAUGAGUACAUGCUCAUCAUGAGACGCUCACUCAGCGAUCAGUAUAUGAAGAUGACAGCGAAUGUGGUCAAGCUUCGUCGGUGUAUGCAUGAUCGUCACACCCUGGCCCUGAAUCGCGGUGAUUAUCUUCAGAUUACCUCAAGGCUUCGUUCCACGUCGGAUUUGGAGGAGGAAGAGGCUGAUGAGGAGACUGCUACUAAGGAGAAGACCAUCAAAGACAUGUUAGACAAUGCUCAUCAGCUGGGUCAUGGUCUUCGUCAAUACCGGGUGUGGCCAAGUGAGAUGUGGACUCGCGCCCGUGAGGAAGCUCACAAGGAUGACGGACACUUUUGA